AUGGGGACAUUCAAUUUUGUAAGUAGAUUGCAUUUAUUUGCUAAAUCGUUUUACGUUUUUACAGUCUCCUUUUCAGGCAUUUUGUCGCGCAGUCCGAGGGAUUGGCGACAAUUCGAAUCACUGUUUUGUGGACCUUCUUGAGAUGAUUCUGCCUUUACGAGGGAAUGGUGGGUUUGCUCCUCCUGGGGUCAGUUUCCACCUAACAAUUGGUUACAAUCUUAUCCCCAAGGCCACAGGGCCGAGCCUGAUCGAGUUCUAUGUGGAAAGUGUCGAAAGAAUUUCAUUCGAGUCCAUCCUUUUCGAUGGAAUUGUAAGCGUUUGCCUUAAAAUUUUUAUCUAGAUUUGCAGCCUUGGCCAAUUCACGGCGUUAUCACCUACCAAACUCAGCCCGAUUACAACAGGAAGUACGAGCCCCUCAGCUUCAUUGUACGUUCAAAUAAUCUGACUUAACUCUUUAUUUUUACAGCCCAAAACUUACCUGGUUUAUCUUGGUGGGGGGUUCUUCUUCAGCCAUCGUUAUGAAGAGAUGCCUUUGGUUAAACUUGGCUUUGACGCAGGAGUCCCAAAUUUGGAGGUGGGACAAAUAUAUAUUUCUUGUGUCAUCCAAAGUCGCCUGGACUGUAAAUGUUUCACACACCAGACGAUUAGAAAACCCCAAGUCAAAGAUCAGGAGGAAUUGCGAAUCGACUUUGACGAGCUUCAUCAGAGGGCAUGUCAAUUCAUCAAAAAAGAUCUGCCGCGUUAA